AUGCGCGCUCUGAUUGUCACCCAGGACGCCUCGAUCAUCAUUGGUCGCGCUGGUGCCCAUGUCAAUGAGAUUAGGGAGAAGUCUGGCGCCCGUGUCACCAUCUCCGAGUCUAUUCCCGGCAACCCCGAGCGGAUACUGAACGUUUUCGGCGCACUCGACGCCGUUUCCAAGGCGUUCGGCCUCAUUGUGCGCCGCAUCAAUGACGAGCCAUUUGACGUCGCAUCUGUCCCCGGCUCGCGUGCCGUCACCAUCAAGUUCAUCAUCCCCAACUCGCGCAUGGGCAGCGUCAUCGGCCGCGGUGGCUCCAAGAUAAAGGAGAUUCAGGACGCUUCGGGCGCUCGCCUGAACGCCUCCGAGGUCAUGCUUCCUGGUUCGACCGAGCGCAUUCUCUCUGUCUCUGGCGUGGCCGACGCGAUUCACAUCGCCGUCUACUACAUUGGUACCAUUCUCCUCGAGUACCAGGAGCGUAACCCUGGCCCUCCUGGUGGUGCCUAUCGUCAGCAGUCUGGCGGAUACCAGCAGCCCGCGAGCGGCGGAUUCUCUGGCCCGCCUCCUCGCGGCGGCGGCGGUGGCGGCGGUGGUGGUGGUGGUGGUGGCGGCGGCGGCGGCGGUAGCGGCGGCGCCCCGCCAGUCGACAUUGCCAGUCCCGGUUCGGCAACUCAGCAGAUCUUCAUUCCCAACUCGCUUGUCGGUGCCAUCAUUGGCAAGUCGGGUGUCAAGAUCAACGAGAUCCGCGCGCAGUCUCAAUGCCAGAUCCGCGUCACGGAGCCGGGAACCGCGCCCGGCCCCGGCCAGGUUGCGAACCCGGACGAGCGCCUUGUCACGAUCACGGGUCAGCCCAACAACAUCAACGUUGCUGUGCAGAUGCUCUACCACCGUCUCGAGGCCGAGAAGGCCAAGGCCGCGCAGGGCGGGAUGUAG